AUGUUUUGCGUGUGUUUAAAACUUGCCGCCGGGCGGACGCGGGCUGCCGGCAGCCGCGCUUUGGCCCGCGGACUAACGCACUACCCGGGCUUUGUCGCUACCGAGACUCGCGCUUGCGCUCGCCACCCUAUCGACCGCAACCCGGCCACCUCUUUCCGCCAGCACCAUGGCGCUCAGAUCCUCACUGGUCUUAUCGAGCGACAAACACGC